ACGCGCUGCGAGCGCCGCCCUGGCGCCGCCUCCCGCCGCCCCGCCCGCCCGCCCGUCCGCGCGCCGUCUCCUCCCGCGAGCGCGGAGCGGCGAGCGCGGCACGGCCAUGGGGAGUGGGAUGAGCCAGAUCCUGCCUGGCCUCUACAUUGGCAACUUUAAAGAUGCAAGAGAUGCAGAACAAUUGAGCAGGAACAAGGUGACUCACAUUCUUUCUGUGCACGACAGUGCCAGGCCCAUGAUGGAGGGAGUUAAAUACCUGUGUAUUCCAGCAGCAGACUCACCAUCUCAAAACCUGACAAGACAUUUUAAAGAAAGUAUUAAAUUCAUUCAUGAGUGCCGACUCCAGGGUGAGGGCUGUCUUGUGCACUGCCUGGCUGGGGUCUCCAGGAGUGUGACACUGGUGAUUGCAUACAUCAUGACUGUCACCGACUUUGGUUGGGAAGAUGCCUUGCACACUGUUCGAGCAGGGAGGUCUUGUGCUAACCCCAACCUGGGCUUUCAAAGACAGCUGCAAGAGUUUGAGAAACAUGAAGUGCAGCAGUAUCGACAGUGGCUGAAAGAAGAAUAUGGAGACAACCCAUUGCGGGAUGCAGAAGAAGCCAAAAGUAUUCUGGCCGCCCCGGGAAUUCUGAAGUACUGGGCCUUUCUCAGAAGACUGUAAUGUACCUGACGUUUCUGAAAUAUUGCAAAGUUCAGGCUGGUGCUGCCAAAACGAAAAGUGACGUAGAGUUUAUUUUUAAGUGUCCAGUAGGAAUUUGUAAACAUGUUUGUUUUUCACUUUAAAUUGAAUGCAUGUAUAAUCAUGUUGGAAUACAUUCAGAACUAUGGAGAUUUUGUAACAAGAGAAAAUAUCUUUGCCUUAACUCCACUGCUGUGGUAACCCUUCCACCUGACGGAUGCUCGUAGAAGAAUCUCAAGAGCUCCUUCACACCACUGUGUUCUGUUUCAUAAUAGUAACUGCUUCUCUUGAACACUACCCAGCAUGGAAAGCUGGCACCUGGAGAAAGUGUAGUGCAAACUCUGCCCUCCUGUUAGGUUCUCCAGCUCAAGACAUGUCUCUCAGUCUGUGUUUUAUCCACGGUUGUUGAAUUACCAAACACUACUCACUUUCAUUAAUAAAGGGCAAGUCAACCAAGUCUAACAUCA